UUACAGCAGCUUCGGGCGGUUUACGGUAAAGUCCACCAGGUGGCUUCUGGGAUACACCUCGCAGGGUGACUCCGUCCCUCCUCGCUCAGUUUACAUCACGUCACGGGUGAGAACAGCUGAUCGGUGACGUCAUCCAGGCGCAGCAGGUUGACAACACAGCAGCAGCGGCGGCGGCAGAGACACAAGUUUCCCCUUGUGAAGUCAAAGUGGACACGGACUCAGUGCAGACAGACAGACAGACAGACAGAGAUGCCGAUCUACUGCUGCGUGUUCCACUGUGACAAUGACAGCGACGCGACUGGACUCUACAAGUUCCCACUACAUGACCCGGCGCAGCUGCAGCAGUGGCUGAGGAACAUGGGACGUGAGAACUGGACUCCCUCUCCACAUCACCACAUCUGCCAGGAACAUUUUGCUCCUUCGUGUUUCAAGGAGCGAUGGGGGGUCCGUUACCUUGACAACGACGCUGUUCCCACAGUCUUCCAAAAGGCAGAGAAACGGAAAGCGACAGAACAGCACGAGGAGUCAAAGAGGCUGAGAGCUGACGGCAAUCAAAGCCUGACGGUGUCGGGUGACAGGACGGGGGCUGUCGACGCUGUCGAGAGGCAGAGCGCGUCGCGCGCGGUCCAACUGUACGAGAUCACCAUCGACCCAUGUGACGCCGGUCUAGUGGAGUUGAGCGACUCCUAUCUUCACACAGACCUGAACACGCUGGCAUCAGCAGAUGGGUUUGAAACAAGGGGGAAUAUUCCUUUAACUGUAUUCCAGACAGUAGACGGUACGAGUUACAGCGGAGAGAACGCAGAGGUGGUAGUGAUGUCUGAAGGCCCUGCUGGUCAAGGGCAAGACGAGCCUAUGAGUGGAAUCAAUGCUGUCACUUUAAUAUGGGGCCGUGGGCUGCUCAUGAAAGACUCCACCCUUCGCUGUACACAUGAGACCGUGGCCUCGCUCACAGUCGAAGACGUGACCCUCUCCACUGAGGACUUAUUUGACACGCAAGAAGGCCACAAAACCCAAGUCACCGUCUACUUUGAGACCAUACCAGUUUUCCCCUUUGAGACCGCGCCCCGCUUCACCUCCCACCCGGAAACAGUACUGACGUCAGCUCUGAGCUCCAGGCCCAUUCCGUCUACACUGCCGCUCGUGUCCAAAUACACGCCGCCACCUCCACCCUCGUACCAGGUCGUCACCAUGGAGACGUUCGACACAGACCAUGGAGAGGGAAGUGCUGGCGAACCGGAGGACGAUAGCAUGGAUCAUCAGGAUCACCAGCUGGAGGAGCAUUGCUACCAUAAGAACACGCCGAGUCAGGAGCAGCUGGUCUCCGUCGAGGUGGAGCUGCAGAAGAAGCAGCGUCGCCACCGACACCUGAAAAGGAUUCUCGGUCUGGAAAACACGGUCGGCCAGCUGAGGCAAAGCAACCUGCACAUCGAGGAGCGAGUACAGCUGCUCGAGAAGGCUUGCAUACAGACCAGUGCAUCUGUGGCAGAUGCCGUUGAGACCGUGGCCAUCCUUUGCGAAGAGGACAGCGCCGCUUACCUCUACACUCUACUCACUGACGUACAGGAAAACCUGUGAGGCACCAGUGUACACUGAACAUCUGUGUGUGUGUGUGUGUCUAUUGUGCCAAAAAUAAUGAGACAUGGUGAAUGUUCUUAUGUAGUGAUGCAAUAUUUCCCCCUGAUCUGUGGGUAAAGAGAGAGACAGUGUGGUGGUGGCGGGUCUUCUGAGUGUAAUAUGUGACGAUGAUGAAUGUGUUUAUAUUAAGGGCUUCACCCUCUUCCCACGACCUUUAGUCAACCCUUCCUUGUGUUUGAUGUAUUAAAGUUUUUUGUGAUACCUG